AUGCCCGCGUAUGCCACCGACUCAAACGGUCGUUCUUCCCUUGCACAUGGACAAACCGCCGCGUCGACUACACCGCCACCCAGGGACUCCUUCACCAAUGGCAACUCGCAGCCCAUGAACGCGAAGCUCACCAAUAGCAUGAACACGACGCACGCACAUCCCCACGCACGUUCAACCAGGCCCGAGAGCAUCGAUAAGCGCUUGUCGCAGGAAGAGAGUCGCUCUAGCUGGCACCGAGGCGACUCACAUGACCCCGACACCAUGCCCAAGUCGUCCGACACGCAACGCUGGUCGACUGAGCGACCAGCCAGAGACGAUGGCUACUUCGCGUCGGUACACAGCACAAAGACCAAGGACAGACUGUGCGGUAGCACAACCCACGUCGAGAUGGGCCAAAUAGACAUAGGCGAUGCCACAAGGGAGGCGAGCAAAGACUUUCACAUCCCCCACGUGGGUUCACUCCCUACCGCUCCCACUUCGUCAUCGCCCCAGUCCCAGGCCGAAGCUGUCACACCCAGCCUGCAGGUCCCAACCAACCAAGCUCAGCGUGCCUCCUCCCCACCCACCUUCACCAAUACCAGCAACAACAACAAUCCCGGCCCAUCACAACACCCUUAUCGUCUGCAACAACGUCACACGCUCGAGGUGCCCAAGGUGCAGUCCUCGCGCGCUCGCGAAACCCAGAACAACACCGACGACGUCAUUAGCGCAAGCGGUAGAUUCUCGCCCAGCCACCCCCACAAGCGCAGAGGCUCCAUGUCGCUCGUGCGCAGGAACACGCGAUCCAUCAACUCUGACAUGCCUCCCGAGGAGGUGCCGCAGGAUGACGAAGCUGCACGGUGGGCUGAACACAUCCGUCAGAAGCGGGCCAGCAAGAGGAAGCGCAAAGAAGACGAGGAUGAAGAUCGCGUCGUGGUAGGAACAAAGGUGGAUCAAAACCACGUCAAUUGGGUCACGGCCUACAACAUGUUGACUGGUAUCCGCUUCACUGUCUCGAGAACAAACGCCAAGAUGGACCGAGAACUUACCGACGCCGACUUCGACGCGAAGCACAAGUUCUCGUUUGACAUAACCGGCAACGAACUCACGCCUUCCGCAAAGUACGACUUCAAAUUCAAGGACUACGCGCCAUGGGUGUUCCGCCAUCUGCGCACCAUCUUCAAGCUCGACCCUGCCGACUACCUCGUAUCGCUAACUAGCAAGUACAUCCUUUCCGAGCUCGGCUCGCCCGGAAAGAGCGGCAGCUUCUUCUAUUUCUCCAGAGACUACAAGUACAUCAUCAAGACUAUUCACCAUGCCGAACACAAGUUCCUUCGCAAGAUACUCAAGGACUACUACAACCACGUACAAGAAAACCCUAAUACCCUUCUUUCCCAAUUUUACGGCCUGCACCGCGUUAAGAUACCCUAUGGACGCAAGAUCCAUUUCGUCGUCAUGAACAACCUGUUUCCCCCACAUAGAGAUAUUCACCGCACAUUUGAUUUGAAAGGUUCAACCAUUGGACGAGAUUUCAAGGAAGAAAACUUGGCCGCCAACCCUCGGGCAACACUCAAGGACCUGAACUGGUUACGCAGAGAUCAGCACCUCGAGUUAGGGCCGGUGAAGAAGAAGAUGUUCAUUGAGCAGAUGCAAAAAGACGUAAAGCUCUUGCAGCGUCUGCACAUCAUGGACUACUCACUUCUAAUUGGUAUCCACGAUCUGGAGAAGGGCAACGAAGAAAACUUGCGGGACAAGACCCUCAAGGUCUUUUCGCCUGGCGGCGAGGAGUCAGCGGAUCAACCACCCAACCAACUCAUGCGCACACCAUCCAAGUUGGAGAACGCGCGCAAGGCACGAGAACUAAGGCAGAUGGUCAAGACACAAAAGCCCGUACCCAUGGGUCAAACAUCAAGUAAGAUGCCCGAUGAGCUGGAUGAUCCUAACCGCGACUUCUACUUUUACUCGGACGAUGGUGGCUUCCGGGCUACCCACGAGGAUAACGCGCCCGGAGAGGAGAUUUAUUACCUUGGCAUUAUCGACUGCCUGACACAUUACUCGUUCAUCAAGCGCAUGGAGCACUUUUUCAAGGGCAUUGCAAAUACCGAGUCUCAAAUAUCUGCCAUUCCUCCAGAACGAUACGGAGAUCGCUUCAUCAAAUUCAUUAGCGCCGUCACCAAAACCAAAGAGGCAGCCGAGCGUGAGAAGCAAGAACAAGUGACAAACGAACUCAACGAUCUCUCGCUUGAUGGCGUUAGUGCAACUCCUAACCAGCGGUUGUCAACUGAGCGUGUUAUUGAGAAGGCUGAGCAUCAAGCCGAUCGCUCAAGAAGACACGGUCAGAAUGAAGAGGAUGUACCCAAUUUCCACAUGAGGGCAGUACGCAGCCCGUCGGCAGAGAGAGGGGAGAUAGGCACUACGCUUCCCGUAGUUGAGGAAGUCGGAGAAUCAUCCAGCGUCGGUGGGCACAGCAGCCGCAGCGCAACAGAUAACGCGGCUGGCGUGAGCGAGCACAAUGAGCGAUCAUCGUCAUUGCCAUCGCAGUCUGCAGGUACACCCUACCUCGGCCCACCACAACUCGAGACAAGAGCCAGGUCACAAUCAAGAGAGAGGGACCAGUCACUCGGGAGGGCGCCACCAACGCCACCAAAAGACGCUGGACGUCCUCCUACACCGCCAAAGGAUGACUACAUGUCUAACAGGCACUCUGGCCCCCCAACACCCCCCAAGGAGGACAAGAGCAGCAGAGGUAUCCCCCGCUCAUCGAUAGACAAGGACCUCCCACGAACCCCUCUUGAAACCACGAUCCGUGUCAACUAA